CAUUACCUGGUGCAACGUUAAGAGUGGAUCUAUCAGCUCUAAUUUCAGCUUUCAACAUCUCGAAAUCAAUGAGUCUCGAAAUCAAUCUGUUCUAACUUAGUUACUAUUCCAAUCGAAGCCUCACUUCAUGAUAGACAAUGGAGCAUAGGCGAAAUUGACCUCUAGCUUGCAUUUAUAAAUACAGCUGUAAUCGGUCGGAAAAGCUGAUCUAUGCGUUACAAUUGGUCAUGUACCGCCAUAAUGUCUUCUCGGUCUCGACUGUACUUCUCGUCGCAGCCAAUCUUCUAAUACCUGUGGCAAUCCUCCUCUUUGCCGUUGGUUUUUUCCCCUACAAACCAUUCUUACCUGGACUAGCCGAGUACCAAUCCCUCGAUUAUGGCUCGCCACCCGAAGCGCCGUUUGAUCGUCUAAUAUUCAUGGUUGUCGAUGCUUUGCGCAGCGACUUCGUAUAUCUAAAUGGCUCCGGUUUCGAGUUUACCCAAGGGCUUAUUCAAAAUGGACAUGCUAUUCCCUACACCGCUCGUGCUACGUCGCCGACUAUCACGAUGCCUCGCAUAAAAGCGAUUACUACUGGUUCCACGCCUUCCUUCCUCGAUGCGAUCUUGAGUUUCGACGAAGCCGACACGUCUUCGACGCUCGCUGCCCAGGACACCUGGCUCGCUCAGAUGAAGGCAAAGAAAUCAGGGAAGCUAGUUAUGUAUGGCGAUGAUACGUGGUUGAAAUUAUUCCCCGGUGUGUUCGAUCGAGCGGAUGGCACCUCGAGCUUCUUCGUCUCCGAUUUUACCGAAGUCGACAACAACGUGACGAGGCACGUCCCCGACGAGUUGCGCAACGAUGACUGGAAUACAAUGGUUCUCCAUUACCUCGGCCUCGACCAUAUUGGCCAUAAAACUGGCCCUCGGGGCCCAAAUAUGAUUCCAAAGCAGCAGGAGAUGGACGGAAUUAUUCGCCUAAUAUACGAGGCAAUAGAGACACAGCCGCAUCUUCAUUCGACUCUUCUUGUUUUCUGUGGUGACCAUGGCAUGAAUGAUGCUGGUAACCAUGGAGCUUCUUCUCCUGGAGAAACUUCAGCUGCCCUCGUGUUUGUAUCACCUAAACUGAAGUCCAUCGCAAAACCCGUCAAAGUGCCAGCAGAUUUUGUCGAGGAUUUCCAGUAUUACAAUGUCGUAGAGCAGUCCGAUCUAGCCCCUACUCUUGCCGCUUUGCUCGGCUUUCCGAUACCCAAAAAUAAUCUAGGCUCAUUUAUGGUAGACUUUCUACCUUUUUGGCUAGAGAAACGAGAUAGGCUUCAGAUUCUUGUGCGUAACGCAAGGCAGAUUCUCGAUAUUGUCACCGCAAGCUUUAGUGGUUCGUCACCGGUUGGUAGAAACCCCAACCUGGAUUGUGUUCGCCCUGGCUCUGGGGCCGAAGAAUUGGCCUGUGAAUGGCAGCAAAUUAGCAAAAUAACCGAAACUGCCUCAAGCAGGGGAAACCCAGGCGAGGACCAGAUAAUGGAUGUGUCAAAGUGGUUAUCAAGGGCGCAGACUUUAAUGAGCGGCAUGGCGAGCAACUAUGAUAUGUCAAUGCUCAUAUACGGUGAAGUGGUAGCGGUAGUGGCCUCCGUCACGGCGGUAUACACCGUAGUAACUUCAUCUUCUGUAGCAGCUUAUAACUUAGCACCAUUUGUACUCAUCACGGUGCUAUAUGGUAUAAUGAUGUUUGCUAGUAGUUAUGUUGAGGAAGAGCAACACUUUUGGUACUGGGCUACUUCUGCGUGGUUAUUCUAUCUCGCGAUUAGGUCGAGUCCAAGAGCGACGUAUAAGUCUUUCAUCAUGGGCUUCAUUGCACUUGGCGCUAUUCGGUUGACUCGAGGGUGGAAUCAGACUGGGCAAAAGUUUGCCGGCGAGCCCGACAUCGUGACCAGUUUUAUGGCGUCAAAUCCGCCACUGCUCUGGUCUCUUACUCUCACGACGUAUGCGAUGGUCUCUUUAGAUUUAUUUAACGGGCUUCGGAGGAUCCCAACUGCCAUAUCAGGUUCCAUAGUUGUGGGACUAGCGACAUCAGCAAUAUCUUUCAAGCUUGCUUUUACUAACGAAGACGCCCCUGAGCUAAUUGUUGGAUUCGCGAAGACGCUUGUGGACUUAUUUGACGGUCCGACCCUUGUGAACCGAGCACGGGCGGUAUUCCUCGGUCUUGGACUUACUUCGAUAUGUCCUUUGUACAGCACUUUUGUGCAGGGGACUAAGCAAUCUAAAGGGGAUGCAAUGCGAACCCUGCAUCAUUUGUAUAUGCUUUUUGCGUUAACACAAUCUCGAGUAACCAACAUACCCCUCUUCUUACUAUUUCGAGCCAUUUACCUGUACCUGGACGGGCUCCAUCUGGGGGUUGUAGACGUUACGAUAUCAUCACUGCUACUACAAUUUGCUUCCUUCUUCACGAUGGGAGGUUCCAACGCGAUCUCCGGCGUGGAUUUGUCUAACGCGUACAAUGGCGUCAGCGGAUUUAAUAUCUUUGCCGUAGGAGUCUUAACAUUCCUCAGCAAUUGGGCUGCCCCGAUAUGGUGGACCUCGGCAUCGAACUUGCUACUCCUUCAAAGCAGGGAAUCAGCGAAACCUGGCCAUGAUCGCGUAUAUCAGCAGCACAUUGCAAUUUUGACGUUGUUUGUGACAGUCGCUCUUGUGUUUGUGAUGGUAGCUUGCACGACCUUGAGGACGCAUUUAUUCAUAUGGACUGUAUUCUCACCAAAGUAUUUAUACAGCAUGGCGUGGAGUCUGGGACAGCAUCUCGUUAUUAACGUAGCAUUUGGAGGUCUUUUAUAUUGGCUCGGUUGCAGAUGACAUACAACGUCUAUACGUUAGAGUAUAGAUCGUCGAAAUUUAGAGUUAGAUCUUUUAUGGUUCGGCAUUAAGCUGAACGAGACUACCUAUGUACAUAGGUACCUAUUCUAAAUGAACAUUUCGAAUAUCACACCA